AUGGAAGACUCAACAGACUGGUUCAAAGGAUGCCGGCUCAUUCAAAAACUCUCCUGCGCCCCAAAUAAUGCUCAUUUUCUCCGGCUUCCUUACACAGAUUAUUAUGGCUUUGCUUACGCAACUACUGGCUCAGGAGAAUGCUCCCCAAAGUACCUUCUUACCAGCGGAUUGCAAUCUCCCAGGGUAACCCGCAACAUGUACAUCAAAAUAUCUGCCAGCGAUUCUUCAGCGAAAAAUAUCUCAUCUAUGUUGAUGUUGAUGCGAUCGGGCUCAUCGCAAUGUUCGCUUGAACCCCAAGUGCAGCAGCAAAAUACUUUGUCUGGCGUUUCAAAGAAAAGAAGAAAGAUUGUUUGCAUAGCACUCGGAUGGGGAUUUCUCUUCCGGAUAUUUCGCAGUCCUAGUGUCCAUAAUUAUCAAGGUUACUCUGUCGUUCCUGGAGGACUUAGAAGGUUCAAGUUUUCGGAGCUUGGACGAGCGACUAAAAAUUUCAAGGACAGCGUGGGGAAGGGAGGAUUUGAGAGUGUGUACAAAGGCCUCCUCCUCCCCAAAAAUAAAUUGGUGGCUGUGAAGCGAUUGGAAGGAGUGUCUCAAGGAGAAGAUGAAUUCCGGGCAGAGCUGAGCAUGAUUGGGCGAGUGAAUCACAUAAAUUUGGUUCAAAUGCUUGGGUUUUGUGCGGAGGGAGAUCAGAGGUUAUUAGUUUAUGAGUAUGUUGAGAAGGGUUCUCUGGAUAAUUACCUAUUUACCCACGACAGCUCAAGAGUUCUAGACUGGACCAACCAAUUUCAAAUUGCAGUGGACACGGCGAGAGGGCUGGCUUAUCUGCACAAGGAGUGCCUUGAAUGGAUUUUCCACUGCGACAUCAAACCAGAGAAUAUUCUUCUAGAUGAGCACUUUCAUGCAAAAGUUUCAGAUUUUGGCUUGUCAAAGCUGGUAGACAAGGAGCAUGAAAAUGACAAGGAAAUUAGCGCUCUCGCCUUCUCUAAAAUACGAGGGACGCGAGGGUAUCUGGCUCCCGAAUGGACAAUGAACCUUCCAAUCACAGCCAAGGCAGACAUUUGCAGUUUCGGCAUUCUUCUCUUGGAAUUGCUUAGCGGGCGGAAGGGUGCGGAAUUUAAUGUGUCUGGGAGUAAUUUUGUGCAAUGGGCUUUUGACAGUGUUAGAGAAAAUAGAUGGACGGACAACUUGGUUGACCCAAAAUUAUUAGGGAGAGAUAUGGAGUGGAAAUCAAAGGUGGAAAUGGAAAGGGUGUUGAAAACAGCAUUGUUAUGCAUUAAGCAGGACAAGAAUAAGAUGCCUUCCAUGAGUCGGGUGGUUGAAAUAUUGAUGCUCCCGAUAAGCAUAAACGACAACGGUGUACACGUGGAAAUAGAUACUGAGAUAUAG